CUCCAGUAGUGUUUGUAAUCUGUGACGUUGUUGCUCCAUGUUAGCCGUGGUGCUGCUCUGAUGACUGCGGACAGCUCAAAUUUCUAAGGGGAAAAUAUACUUGAUAGGGAAAGGCUCCCCUUUGCGCUAGCCUCGUUUUUACUUUAUUUUGUUCUUCACGAGAGAGAGACUACUCUUAGUUUCCAAAAUGGCAGCCCAGGAAACAUAAACAAAAUUUGAUUGAUAUAGAUAGCUAGUUUCGGAAUACUUUAAGACAGCAUUCGAUUUAGUACAUUAAAAAGCUAUCUUAGAAUGUUUAUUAGUAGCAUGGCUCGUAAAAAUAAGCAUAUGCGAAGUAAGAGCGCCGGUGAUGUGAAGAAACUGUCUGGAAGAGAAACGGAUUUGCCGUCAACAAAGAAAUCAAUGUCAAGAAGUAGUGUUUCCAGUGGAGUUCUUGUUAAUGGUUCUAAAGAAGGGCUAAGAAUAAAAGAUACCAGAUACCUGUCAAACACAGAAAAGACAAUACACCCACUUAGAAGAAGUUUUGAUGUCCCUCCAAAUUCUACUGUUGCAGCAUCAGGUGUUGAGCUAUUUUCUAAAAAUUUAAACGGACCAGACAUUGCCUUGUCAUUUAGUGCGUUAGAAAAUGACAUGGUAGAGAGAAAACUCUUACAAGAAAGAUUAGAUGAUAAAAAUAAUUUAAGACAUUCUUUACGCCACGAAUCAAAUCAUUCUGAUGAAUAUGGAGAUUGGUUUUUAGAUCCUAUCCACAGAAGAACGCGUGUUGACGUAUCACCUUAUUCUUCAGCAGACAAGGUUAAAACAAAAGAUAUAGCUGAGGAAAAGCUACGCUAUGAUGAGUACGAAGCCAAAUCAGAUUUCUACGAUAGCAGUCUGGAUUCAUUUCGUCGGGCAGAAGCAAAUGCGAUACGACAUAAAUUGCGUGCAGAACUUGACAGAGGUACUCCGUACGAAUUAGAACUUUGUAGACUACGUUAUGAAAAGCUGAAACUCGAAGAGGCUUACCUAUUCAAAUUAAAAUGCGAAGCAGAACUAGAAAGAACUCGAGGGCCCAAACCGAAAUGGUAUGAACUAAAAACGAGAGCGUUUACAACAGAAAUGGAAAAAUACACUAAUCUAAUGAAAAGAAAAAAUAAUUGGCAAGAAUUACUGGAUUAUCGAAAUCGAUUGCAAGAGAUGACAGGUGAAUGGUCUAAUUUAAAACAUUGAUGGAUUUCUUUCAUAAAACACUUUUAAUUUACAUUUCAUACAAUACAUAACUUUACAAUACUUUAUAUAUAUUUAAAUAAUUUUAAAAUUCUCCAGCUGCAAAAGACGUCAGUUUUUGCAAUGAAUUCCUGCGAAAGAAAUGACACAAAUGUAACAUCACUGAACAUUUAAAGGUAAAAAAACAUUAAGGAAGUUAUUGACCAGAA